AUGUUUAUGCCUUUACUCUUAAUCAUGUUGGUGAAGGUGAGAUUUGGAGAAACGCAGAAGGAUGUCAAAGUGGCUGAGACUGAAGAUGGCUAUGAUGACUUCAACACAUUUCUUCAGAAAGUCAUUCAAAAGCUAGAUCUUCCACUUGAGACUGAGCUGCACUUGACAGAUGAAUCAGGGACAGAAGUCGAUGCAGAUGUGUUUGAGGAGCUUUUGCAAGCGGGGAACCUUACUGUUAGGGUGACGACUGAAAAGUCAACAGCAGUGUGGACUAAAUGCCCCAACACAGUGAUCCUCACUCCUGUGUAUGUGUUUAGGUUAAUGAGCCAGGGCAGUGCCAAUGCAGCUGUACAGACGGAUGGGCAUAAGAAGCAUGCAAAGAGGUAUUCCUUCUGCAAUGCCAAGGUAUACAAGGAUGCCCAGAUGGAACACAAGGUCAAAACCUACCUGUCUCAUCUCACACUGGAGCCCGAUGAAUUGAGCCUGCAGAUACUGUCUGUCCAACACGAACCCCCCAGAAGUGCAGCAGAUGAAGAGUGCAAGCCACUGAGGGACACGUGCAGAAAACUGAGGAGGAAGUUCUUCCCUUUCCUGCGAUUUGUGUGUAUAGCGCAACAGGCCUACUGCUGCAUCCUUAACCAAGUCGAGAACAAGAUGGAGAAGGACAAGGAGGAAAGAAAAGUCAUCAUGGUUAAAGAAUAUCGCCAGCUCGAUCACACCGACAACAGAAAAGGAUGCAUUGUCACCAGGGGCACAACCGAGCGUCUCAUCAUGUACCUGGUGGAAAAGCACUCGGCGGUGGACCCCACCUAUAUUGAGGACUUCCUGCUCACCUACCGCACCUUCCUGCCCAGCCCCAUGGUGGUGGGCAGGAAACUGUUGAAGUGGUUUCAUGACCCCAGCCUCAGAGACAAGGUUACACAGGUAGUCUUGCUGUGGGUCAACAAACACUUCAGUGACUUUGAGGGUGAUCCUGAGAUGAUGCACUUUCUCACAGAAUUUAAGAACAAUCUAGAGAGACAGAAAAUGCUUGGCCACUUAACACUGUUAAACAGAGCUUGUGCUGCCAAAGCCAAGCUGCGCGUGGUGACUCUGACGAAGCCGUCACGCGAGACUCCUCUGGCCUUCAGUCUGCUCGGUGGCUCAGGGAAAGGCUGUCGCAUCUUCAUUGAGAAUGUGGAGUCGGGUAGCAAAGCUGCAGAAGCAGGCCUCAGACGUGGAGAUCAGAUCCUGGAGGUGAAUGGGCAGAACUUUAAGAACGUACAGCUGUCCAAAGCAAAUGAGAUCCUGCGCAACAAUACGCACCUCUCGAUUACUGUGACAACAAAUCUCUUGGUGUUUAAGGAGCUUCUGGCUCAAUCUGACCAUGAGGAAGAGCUGGACAGGAGGAAUGGGGCUCCACACAUUCUCAAGAAGGCAAGCCAUUGCUCUUUCCCAGAUCCAGCUGUGGAGCAGGUGAUGGAUCUGGAUCUGGACAAAGUGAGCAAGAAAGCCAUGGCCAACACAGUGGGCGGGAGGAACAAGCUCAAGAAGAUCUUUGGCAAGACGGUGACCAGUAUUCUACCGCCCAAGCUGUACAAUGAUGAUGGUGUAGGUCAAUCCCAGGACAACAGCAUUGUCGAAAUGACACGGUCAAAACAGGGAGGGGAGGUCGUGACUCAGGCCGUCCAGGAGUUUGCUCUGACCGCCGCACCUGAAGCUUAUUCACCAUGUGAGGUGUCUGUCACAUCUGGGGGUGUAAUCAAACAGCAGCAGCAGCUUCCUGAACAGCUCUCCAAACCGGCAGACAGACUCCAGCUCAGUGGCAGGUACUACCUGAAGAGCAACAUGGAGACGGAGACAUUGUGCUCAGACGAGGACACCCAGGAGCUUGAGAGAGUGAGUCAGAUCAGCUUGCUGCAACUCAGCACUGUGGAAGUGGCCACACAGCUCUCCAUGCGUGCCUUCGAGUUAUUCUCUGCCAUCGAGCCCACUGAGUACAUCGAUGACCUCUUCAAGUUGCGGUCACACCUCCCCGUACCUUCCAGCCUCAAGCUCUUCGAAGAGUCCAUAAACCGAGAGACCUUCUGGGUGGCCACUGAGGUGCUGAGGGAGCCCGACCAGAUGACGCGCAUGAAGAUCAUUAAACACUUCAUUAAGAUCGCUCUGCACUGCCGCGAGUGCAAGAACUUCAACUCCAUGUUUGCCAUCAUCAGUGGUCUAAAUCUGGCACCCGUGUCUAGACUGCGAGGAACUUGGGGGAAACUUCCUACUAAGUACGAUAAGCUGUUUAAUGACCUGCUGGAUCUGUUCGACCCAUCCAGAAACAUGGCCAAGUACAGAAACGCUCUCAACAGCCAGAACCUGCAGCCGCCAAUCAUCCCGCUCUUCCCAGUUAUCAAAAAAGACCUCACCUUCCUCCAUGAGGGUAACAGUUCAAAAGUGGACGGCCUGGUGAACUUUGAGAAGCUGCGUAUGAUCGCUAAAGAGAUCAGACACGUGGGUCAGAUGGCCGCCGUCAACACGGACCCAGCGCUGAUGUUCCGCACCAGGUUAAUGAGCCAGGGCAGUGCCAAUGCAGCUGUACAGACGGAUGGGCAUAAGAAGCAUGCAAAGAGGUAUUCCUUCUGCAAUGCCAAGGUAUACAAGGAUGCCCAGAUGGAACACAAGGUCAAAACCUACCUGUCUCAUCUCACACUGGAGCCCGAUGAAUUGAGCCUGCAGAUACUGUCUGUCCAACACGAACCCCCCACUCUAACAAUGCCCAAAAGCUCAGGGGACAGGAAGAGGCCGGACACAUCACCUAUAGUGGCGUGA